GGCGGGGAUAAUGUUGAUAGGCGGCCAUGUUGAAAUUGUUAGUGACAGUUAUGGGGAAUAGUUGAGUGUGCGUUGGAAAGGCACAGCAGAGAAAAGAUUUUAGAGACAAUAAAAUAACAAUAUUUUAUAUUUAUUAUAGAUAUAUAAAUAUUUACGUAUUUUUUGUUUAGCAAUGGAUAAAGACGAGCGACAAAAGAAGCUGGAGGCCAGUAGAGCCAAGUUUGCUCACUUCAGACAACGAAAAGCAAAAAGUGACGGCCUGAAUCCGCCGAAAAAGACGCCGAAGAGGAAGGGCACGGCGCUCCACUCGCAUGACCUUCCAGCGCAAGAGUGCCCACUAGCUGCUGGGCAGGAUGGGGGCGACAGAGAGGGAGAGGUAGAAAAAAAGGCACAGAGACCACAGAGCAAACCAACUGAGACUGAUGGUGAAUUCUCAAGCUCAAGUACACUGGGAGACUCAAAUACUGAAGAGUUGACCUUGAGCUUGGCGGAGCUUGCUCGGUUAGAGGUUCAGGAGUGCGGAGGUCAGAUAACAGCCAUGGAGGAGAGGCUCCUUGGAAAGCAGACUGCUCUUGAUCAGCUCACUGUAGAGGGAGAGAGGCUGCAAGAGAAACUGGGUGUUCAGUCAGGCACUGAGCAGCUUCAGGAACUAGAGACAGCCGUGCAGAACCGCAAUGAUAUAAUUUCUCAGCUGACAACAAAUCUACAGCAUGCCAUUGAGAAUAGAGAUGAAGUUCAACGGGAAGCCUUGCAGCUAACAAAUCAAAUCCAAGCUUUACAGCUACAGCUGCAGCAGGCAAGUGAACUCCUAAGGACCAAAAGCCCUGGUUCAAUGGAGCUUGCCCAGGCCCAGCAACAGAUGCAGGUCUUUCAGAUGAGUUUGAAGGACCAGAGCCUGCACCUUGAAACUCUUGAGCAGAAGGCACAAGAACUGGAGCAGCAACUAGAGGACUCUCGAGAGAAUGCCAAGGAUAAAGAAAAUCUGCUUAUCCACAUGACAGAUAAGCUAGAAAAUACAGAAGUCCAGCUGAAUAAAAUAAUUGAUGAAAAAGAGGAACUGACACUUACCAUAUCUCAGUUACACCAUACACUUUCAGUCCGGGACAAGGAGGCCCUGGAGUUAAAGAACGAGAUGGUAGCUUUGACUGCAAACCAACAGCAGCAUUCAGUCCAGUUUCAACACCCAGGUACAGAGCUUUGCUAUAAUGAGGAGCUCUCUAGAAAACUAGAAGAGCAAAUGGAGGAAUUUCAGAGGGAGAGAUCUGAAAUGGAGGACCGGCUGAAGCACUUGCAGGAGGAUCUGAAUCGUGCAGAAUAUCAAGCGAGAGAAGCCAUGCAGUACAAAACCGAGAAGGAGAAGCUGAAUGAGGACAUUUCCAAGCUCAACGCCAUCAUCGAGGAGCUGAAUGGAAAGCUGACAGACGAAGAGGAGGCCAGUAAGCAUUGGAGGGCAAAGUACCAAGUAGACAUAUCCAACUACAAUAUGCAGCUGCAGACACUGGAGCAGGAGAAAGCGGAGGUGCUGAGCAAGCAUGACGAGGAGAUACGUCUGCUUCGACAGCAGCUGGAAUCCCAGCAUGACGACAGAGUGGUCUGCUACAAGCAAGGAAUAGAGAACCUCAAGGAGAACCUGAACAAAAUCAAAGCUAGAAAAGAUCAAGUAAACCAUGAAGCCACUGAUGAAUCACAAGGGGAGGAAUUCACCUUGGAGUUAUCGGGUCAUGCAGAGGAAGGUAAUAUCUUGAUGGACAAAUACCUGGCUUCAUCAGUACAUCAGGAGAGCUCUUGGGCUGAGGGCAGUCUAGAAGAUCAUAGCAGUAAUGAGCAUUCUGAUCAUUAUAGGUUUGAGCUAGAUAGCGAGAUUCUUGAACAAAAAAUGUCUGGUUCAACCAAAGAUGACCUUGAGAGGUCUGCGGAUCUAACUGGCCAGUCUUUUCCUGAUGGAGAUGCAGUUGAAUUGGGACUUGAACCAGAAGAAGAGGCUUUGCAGUGGCAAAAAUAUACCAUAGCUAUGCACAAGCUGGAUGAAAGUGCAGAUGCCAUUGACGUGGAAAAAGCAUUUGUGAUACAGAGAUGCAGUGAGCUGUCUGAGCAGCUCAAUGAGAAAAAGAAAGAAUUGGAUGUACUUCAAACGGAGGUCAUGAGGUCAUCGAAAGACAUGCAGGAAGUUCAGGACAAAUGUAAGAAAGUGACAGAGGAGCUCUUUGUCGUGCGUUCAGAGCUGGAGGCAGAAAAACUUGAGCGAGCGAAUUGUGAAGAAUUGAUCAAGCUAAAAUCUCAAAUGGAGGAAGACUUGAGGAACAAACUAAGAAUCUUUGAAAAGCAGAAUGAGAAAGACAGUGCUGACAGAGCUGUUGCUGAGAUCAAAAACACCUCAGAUACUGGGGCAAUGGAAUGCCUGAUCAAAGAGCUGACUCAGGAAAAAGAGUUUCUAUUGACGCAGCUACAGGAGCAGGAACAGCUGGUUAAGGAUGUCCAGAAACAGAAGUUGGCAGGUGAUUCUGUCACCAGUGAGGUUCAGACUCUGUUUGGCCGCCAACUAGCUGCUCUACAAGCUCAGCGAGACCAGCUUCAGAUGCAGCUUGAAGCCCAGAAAGCUAAAAACCAAACUACCUCUGAGCUCCUGGGUCAAAAAACCUUACUUGAGGAUUCUUUGUGCAAAGAGCUUCAUCUGCUUAAAACUGAGUGCUGUGAGAGAGAGGCUCUUCUGAAGAAUCUUGCAGAAGAGAAAGCGGACUUGGAAUCAAAACUCUUGUGCAUCAAACAAAAUCUACUGAAUGCAGAUGAAGCACUGAAUCAGAACUACAGAGACAAGACUCUACUGGAGCAAAAUGUUUUAGAGCUGGAUAUCAAGGUAAAGAACUUGGAAAAUGUUCUGGAGUCAGAAAGGCAAGAUCUGGGAAACCAGCUGAAGAGCAAGAGUCUUGAUCUGCAAAAGAUUGAAGUGGAGUUCAAGAAUGCAGAAGUGGAGUAUCUUCAAAAGGAAAGUGCUUUGAAAACAGAGGUUGCUGAACUUAAAAAGUCCAUCGCAGACCUGGUAAGAACGCACAAUGAGGCAGUCGAGUCUCUCCGGCUGAAAGAGGCAGAGAAGCUGGACCAUGCGGUGAGGGCGGCUCAAGAAGAGCUCUGCAGCUGCUAUGAGGAAGAGAAAAGCAAGCUGAAGGAACAGCAUCAGUCUGAGAUUAAAGAACUGAAUGAGGAAGUGGAGAAAAAGGUGACUGACCUGAGGACUAGACUGGAGGAAGAACAAAAGAAGCAGAUUGUUCUGAUUAAACAGGUGCAUGAGCGGGACUUUGACCGCGAGAUUGCUGUCCUCAUUGACAAACACAAGGAGGAGAUGAAACACCUGCGAGCAGAACUGACCUCCCGGCAGCAGGAGCUGCUCAAUGACCUGAGGGAGCGAAUGGAUGAAGCACACCAAGCUGAACUUCACCAAACACAGAUUGAGAAAAACCUAGAGCUGGAGGCUUUGCGGCUCAGCCUGACCAAUUUGAACGCAGCCCAGCUGGAGCUGUCUCAGUCCAACCUGCAGCGGGAGAAAGAAGCUGCGCUGAGUGAGCUUCAGGAAAACCUCAAUGACAAGCGGGCGCAGGAGAUCGCAAUGCUGCAGACACGCCAGCAGUUUGAACUGGAGCGAAUUAAAGAGCAACGCCGUGCUGAGACUGAACAGCUCACACACAAACAUCUGCAGGAGAUGGAUGAAGUGAAGCAAGACUGGAUGUUGAAAGUGGCUGAAAUGAAAGCCCAGAUGGAUAAAAAACAUAGCCAGAAAAUAGAGGCUCUGUUGCAAGAGUGGGAAGACAAUGCUGAGAAGAGCCUUGGGGAUUUGCAACAAAAGCUGUCUGAGAAACAGGCUGAGCUGGAGGAGCUGCAGGGCACCCAGGAGGUAGAGCGUGAGAGACUGCUGGCUGAACUGAGCUGUCUACAGGCUGACAAAGAGCUGGCAGCAUCUAUGCUCAAGGACCUGGAAGAGCUGCACAGGACUUCAAUGGUGGAUCUCAAGGAAAGGUUACAUCAAGAGUAUGACCAUAGUGUUCAAGAACUGAGGGCAAAAACUGAAGGAAAAGAAAGGGAACUGCAUAAAGAGAUAGAGAAGCUGCAGACCAUGUAUGAUGAUCUAAAGGCACAUUCAGAACAGGAGAUUGAACACCUGUGGUCCCAGCUUGAGAACUCGCGGACAAGCCGUCAAGAGCUGGGUGAGCUUAAAGAGCAGCUAUUGGCCCGUACAUCUCGCAUUGAUGACAUUGAACAGUUAAAACAAGAGUUUGCCCAGCAGCGCCUCGAGCUCCGGGCACAGAAUGAGAUUGAACUGGAGCACCUGAGGACUUACUUUGAACAGAAACUGUGUGAAUCGGGGGACAGGCACAAGGAGGAGAUUUCACACCUGCAGCAGUGCCUAGAAGAGGGAGUGCUGGAGACUGCUGACACCAGUUCUCUUCCUGAGGAGAAACGGAAUGAGGAACAAACUGAUCUUCUAGGGGAGCUAACACAACAACUGGAACAACACAAGAAAGAGUUGGAGUCCCUUCGUGUACAGUUUGAAGAAAGACACAGAAACGAACUGAAAGCCCUAAGAUCCUCCUUAUCCCUUCAGCACAAAGAAGAAUUAUUACAAGUGAAAACUCAUCUUGCAGAUCGUUACUUCUCAGAAAUGCAGGAGUUAAGAACAAAGCAUUCUCUAGAGCUGGAGCAGUUGCGGGCUAAACUGUCGGACAACCAUAUCAAAGAAAUCACAAAGCUGCGUCUGCAGAGUGCCCAGGAGGCUGCCCGGCAGGUUGAGGAGGAGGUGAUAAACAGGGUUCGCUCCCUGGAGGAGGAACAUCAUGCUAAGCUGUCACUGAUGAAGUCUGAGCAAGAGCAUAUUCAACAGCUGGAAGAACGCAUUGAGCAACUUAAAAAAGAACAUGCUGAAAACAUGAAGAGCAUCACUGCACAGCACAAAGAGCUGCAGAAACAAAGCAUAGAACAGGCUAAACUAAACUUUCUGGAGGAUCUUAAACUGAAAUUAGAUGAAGCUAAAAUGGAAGAAGCUGAAAAGGUCGCUAAAGCGUUCUCUGAGAAGGCAGCACAGGAGUUGACGCUCCUGAGAGUGCAGCUGCAGUCCCUUUCUGAAGAGAAGCUGUCUGCUCUGCGAGAGGAGCUCACCAGCCUUGCUGAGGAGGAGAGGCAGGCUCUGACGGAGGAGUUCCGAGCCAGAGAGCUGGAAAUGAAGCGUCUUCAAGCCAGUCAGGAAGUCAUGAUCACAGAGCUGGAGAAGGAGCUCAAGGAGGAACGCAACCAGCUGCAGGUGCUGCAGGACAGCCUGGAGAACGAGCAGUCUCCACAGAUCACACUGCUCAGGCAGAAGAUCCAAGCUCAGUGUGACAGCGAGCUCGCCACUGCUAAAGCCACCAUGGCGGAGGAACUGAAACAGCUGAACAUAAACCUUCAGGAGCAGUCUGAAGCCAAACUGCAGGAGGCACAGAGCAGGUUCACAAAAGAGAAAGAGGAGAUAACUGAAAAGCUCACCUUGCAGCAAGAAACUCUUCUCAAUGAGCUGAAGGAAAGGCAUGUAGAAGAACUGGAAGCCCAGAACAGGCAGCUACAAGAGCAGCACCAGAAACAGCUGUCAGAGCUCCAGCAGAGACUCCAGGCCAACACGGAGACUCUGGAACAAGGUCUGAAGGAGGAGCACAGGGCUCAGAUGGAAGCCUUGGAGGCAGAGCUCCAGACUAAACACAAAACUGAGAUGGAGGAGCUGGAGGCCAGGCUUUUGUCUAACAUGGACACCUUGGAAACUACCUACCUGUCAGAAAUCCAGUCCAUACGGGAUGAGCACUCGCAAGCUGUCCAGGAUCUGAAGUCCUCUUUCGACCUGACCCUGUGUAAGCACAGAGAGGAUCUCCAGAGAGAGAAGCAGGAGGCUGAGGCGACUCUAGCUCAGGAGCUGGAAAGGCUGAAGGGAGAGCACGAGACAGAGCUGAAGUCUAGCGCAGAAGAGCUUAGGAAGGAGCUAGCAGCAGUUUACAUGGAGAAGUUCAAAGCCAUGGCAGCUGAGUUGGAGGAAGCUCAUAAGGUGGAGCUGGAGGCUGCCUUACAGUCUCAGAGGGAUGUUCUGGAGGCGGAGCAGGGCAAGGCGCUGGAUGUGCUGGGAGCAGAGGUUCUGAGGCUGGAAGAUCAGCACCAGAGAGCCAUGCAGGAGCUGCAGGAGCUCCACACCACAGAGGUGCACAGGCAGCAGGAUGAGUACAGCAGGCAACUGCAGCAAGAGAGUGACAAGCUGAAAGCACUGUACCAAGAACAACAACGGGAGUGCUCCAGUGCCUCUGCUUCUGAAAUGGAGGCUGUCCAGGAACAGCUUGCAGCCCAGUUUGAGGAGGAGAGAUCUCGCCAGUACCGUCAGUUCCAGGAGGAGAUUGAGCUGCUCAAGUGCCAGUCAGAGGUGCUGCUGGAGCAGCAGAUCACACAGCUCAAGGAGGAGUUUGAAGCAGAGAAGAAAGCUGCACUGGAGAAACAAGAUGUAGAGUUUGCUGAAAAGCAUGAGCUGUCUGACAAGAAUCACAGAGAACUGAAGGACCAAUUAACUGCUCAGAUCAGAGAGCAGGCAGCUGUGCUAACACAGUUAAAGGAAGAAGUUUCUGUGCUCCAGAAGGAGAUGGAGGAGAAGGAUUCUGAGCUGGAGACACUCCUACAGAGAAGAGAGCGGGAGAACGAAGAGGGAGGAAACCUGGUAACCAUGCUGAGAUCCGACUUGAGCAGAAACACAGAGGAACAAAAAAGUCUGCAAGAAGCUCAUGAGCGAGUAUUGAAACUCCUGCUAGAAGUUGCCAAGAGUACCAUUGCCACUGAAGAUGUUAUCAGCCAAAGAAUAGGCAUCUGCAUGGACAGUAGUCAGAUGCUCGGAGGAGAGAACCUCAGUGUAUUGGGAGCAGCUGGACAACCUCAUCGAAAGAACCCAGAGGGCCAAGAAAAGGGUGACUUGCACAGUCCAGCAAGUGAAGCUGCCACUGAAACUAGCCUGUGGUCAGCCCUGACAGAUGAAGGCUUUGAACUGUCCCAGCGACUGUCCGAGAGCAUCUUUACUGGCCCUGAGCUGGAAGCCGAGACCGAGCAGAUGAUCCUGGGAGUGUGCGAACGCCUCCGGAGCGCAGUGGAGAAACUACUAGAUCUGGUCACAGAGUCCACGAGACAGCUUGAGCAGACGCACGGGAUCCACGUCCACCUGGAAGAGCAGUUCAGUCGUCAGAACAAGGAGACGGCCCGGUUUGUAAACCAGCACCAGAACCUCAUCGAGCAACUGGACGAGGAAACCAAGACCAAAAAACAGCUAGAGCUGGAGCUUCACAAAGCAGAGGGGCUGAUUGAGGGCUAUGUGGCGGAGAAGGCUGCUCUGGAAGAGGCUCUUCAGCGAAAGGAGAAAUCGGAGCAGUGCCUGGUCCUGGAGCUGGAGACGCUGAGGGGACAGCUGCAUGAGCUGAGUGAGGAGCACAGCCUGCUUGUCCGCCAGAGAGAGGCCAUCACUGCCAACAUGGGGGAUCGGGAGACUGGUCUGCUUGCGGAAGCCGAUCUCCUGGCGAAGGAGAAGCUGGAUCUGCAGUGCCAAGCGGAGAAGGACCGCUCCAACCUCACCUCCCGAUUGAAGCUCCUAGAGACGGAACUGGAGGAGCAGAUCAGCCAUAACCUGGAGCUGGAGCAGAAGCACAGGUUGGAGCUGGCUGACCUGCAGCAGCAGAUCCUGGCGCUGGAGAAACAGCUGCGCAAUGAUCGACACUUCAUAGACGAACAAGCGGUGGAGCGAGAGCACGAGAGGGAUGAAUUUCAAAUCGAAAUUAAGAAACUGGAAGCCCAGCUAAGGAAUCCAAUGAAAUGUAAUACCGGAGGAGACUACAAGGAGCAGAAGAUUGAUGACUUGGUUUACCAGGUGGAGACGCUGCAGGCUACGAUCAAGGAGAAAAUGGAUGAUUACAACACUCUCCUGCUGGCUAAAGAGCAGUAUGUGAGGGACAUCAAUGAGCAAAAUGAAGAGAUUGAGAAAAUGGCAUCCCGAAUCUGCGAGCUGGAAGAGGCUGCACUGGGCAAUGCUGAGGCAGCAAAGAAAGUGAGCCAGCUAGAACAAGAACUGCAGCAGAUGAAGAAAAUGGAGCAAGAUUAUCUUCAGGAUAAGGAGGCUUUACAGCAGCAGCAAUAUUCUAACCGGCUGCAGAUCUCUGCUCUGCAGUCUAAACUAGAUGAGACCAGACACCGCUUCCCGGAAAACAGCUCUGACCAGGUGCUGAAGGAGCAGCUGGAGGCAGAGCGAGAGGCUCUGCUCAACAAAGAGAAAGAGGUUGAAAUCCUCGCUGAUCAGCUGGAUCAGUUUCAGAAGGACUUGGUGAACAAAUCGGAGGAGGUGCUGCAGCUCAACAUGCAGUUGGAGAUUCAGAUGAAGCAGAGUGCUGCCAGCAUCGAAAAGGUGCAGGAGGAGAGCAAGCAGUUAAAGGAGAAGGUAGCCAGCUUGCACAAGCAACUGGGGGUUGAUUCAGAUGAGAGCAGAACCUCAAUGCUACAGUUUCCACAGGCACUGAUGGAGGAAAAGAACCAAGAAAUCGACCAUCUCAACGAACAGAUCUUUCGGCUACAGCAGGAACUGAAGAAUAAUACAGACAACAAGGUUUAUUGGGUUCUAGAAGAGAAGAAUGUGGAGAUAGAGGACCUGAGGUCUCAGAUCGAGCACCUCCACGGAGAUCAGGAACGCCUGCGCAGGGACAAGGACGAGGAGGUGGAGCAGCUGCACGAGGUCAUUGAGAAGCUGCAGGAGGAGCUGGCCCAGCUGGGGCCCAACCGCCACGAGGUCAGCGACUCCCAGGACAGCCCAGAGUCCCCCCUACACAGUCUGGAGCGUGAGCUGUGGCAGCACCCCAGCCAAGAGGACAGCCUGCAGAGAGAAUUGGCCAGCGAGCACCUGCAGUCCUCCAAGGCAAGGCUGAGAGAGCUAGAGGGGCAGCUCGAUCUCGCAUGCACGGAGAAAGAGUAUUUCCGGUCAGAGGUGGAGAAGCUGGGGAAGGACCUUCACAAUGAGUGCAGGCAGCUCUCCAUCCUGCAAGAGGAGUCCGUCCUGCUGAGAGCCAGCCUCUCGCAGAGGGAAGCCAAGGUGGGCAUGCUGUCCACCCAGGCUCGGGAGUUGGAGGACAUCCUGAGAGAAAGGGAGGCUCAGCUUCUAGAGACGGAGACCGAAGUGAAGACCCUGGAGGAGCAGAUCGUGGCCAAGGGGGCAGGUCUGGAGGCUGAGCUGAGCAAGAAGCAAGAGGAGUGCGAGGAGCUCCAGAGUCUGAAGUCUCUGCUGGACUCUCAGCUGCAGGAUCUGAAGCAGGCAGAGGUAAAGAACCAGGGAGAUAUCGAGAAGCUGCAAGCUGAGGUGGCAAAGCUGGAAGCUUGCAUGAAGGACAGCCAGGUGGAAAUUCUGACUCUGAGCUCAGAGAAGACAGAGCUGUUCUCAGAGUGCCAGGCUCUUCAGCUGAAUGUGGAACGUCUCCAGGGAGAAGUUGAAAGGUUGAAGGUGGAGGUUGCCGAGAAGAACACUCUGGUACAAGAGCUGAGUGCGCAGCUUGAAGACAAGUCAGCAAGGAAUGCUGCAGCACAGAAAGAAGUGCUGAGCUGUGCUGAAGAAACGCUGGCUAAAGCAGAGGCUGCCCUGAAGGAGAAGGAGGAGGCCCUGAGCGACCUGCAGGCACUGCUUUCUCAGCUGAGGGCAGAGCUGUCUGCUGUGAAGGAGGACCUGAGCUCCAGCACAGAGAAGACAGAGAGGCUUCUGGAGGAGGGACAGGAAAAAGAUCGAUCCCUUGCUGACCUGGAGAGCCACAACGGAAGUUUAAAAUUGGAACUGAGAAAGCUCCAAGAAGAUUUCACGAAGCAAGAGGAGGAGCUAUCGCACCAGAAGAAUGAAGUGGAGGUGCUGAGAGCUCAGUAUGGAUUCCAGGCACAUGAGACGUGUAAAGAACAGAGCAAUACAAUAAAACCAGAGGAACGCUCCAGCCAGACCGGCCCGGGUAAACCGCACGGCUUCUUGUACAACUUCUCCAACGAGAGCUCUCUCUGCUCCCCUGAGCUUGUGAGGAAAUACGAUGCCAGUAUGGAGCACACAUACGGGUUCAAUUCCACCCACCUCUCUGAGCUCAACACUCUGCACAGCACUGGGCAGACUCUCCUGCACAGCAAAUCCCCUGGUCUGGACCGGGACUGCUCGGAGCCCAGUGAUCACCUCACCUGCGACAGUGAGGAGCACAGCAGCCACUCGACAGAAGCAUCUCCACCCUUCUCAGAGGGGACUUACUCCGUCCUGGACUCUAUUGACACGGAAAAGGCAAAAGCUCUUGAAAACCUUGACUUGACUCCAUCAGCCUCUCCUGUUUACACAGAAUCAACACUCUCUGUACACGAGUGUGUCAGCGAUGGAUAUGCAAGCAAUGCAAGCUCAGAUCUGGGGGCAAAACUGAAGUUGGAGCUGGAAACUACAGAACGCUUGGAUGCUAAUUUUGUGGAGUAUCUGCGGCAGCGUGGCAUGUCACUCGCUGACAACCCUGACAGGCCAGCAGAGUUUUCACUGGGGAGUGAGGACAUGCUUUCUAAUGAGCUACAGAGCUUGUUGAAGAAGGUUUAUGAAGAGGGUUGCCGAGUGCUUGCUCUUUCUGAGCAGGCCCGCCCAGUUUUCCUGCCGGACACUAGGCCUCUCCCCAGCACACUGUCUGACAGCUGGCUGAAAGAGAAACAGGCUCUACAGGAAACCAUACAAUCUCUUAAAGAGCUCCUUUCCAAAAUGGUUGAUAAAGGAGACGAGGAGGCAGCUAAUGGAGACAGCGACUGGAGAAGAGAGCUGCUCCAGGCAGUGCGCAGUGUGUUUGAUGGUGAGAGGGACUGGCUUCGUGCAGAGCUGCAGUCCCACCUGUGCAGCCAGGGGUCUGGGGCCAUGAGCAUCCUGACUGAAAGACUGGAGAGCAUUGUUAAAGAACAGGAUGAGCAGCAGCGUGUGGCCCUGGAGCAGCUCCUGUCUGCAGACAGGAGCAGCCUGCUUUCAGAGAUUCAGAGCCUGCAGGCCCAGCAGAGGAUCUCUCACCUGCAGAGCCAGGAGCAGCUGCAACAGCUGCAGGCCUCUCUGACCACUGCUGAGGAGCAGGCCAGCAAGCGGGAGCAUCAGCUCCGCAGACAAGUGGAGCUGCUGGAAUACAAGUUGCAGCAGGAGCAGGCAAUAGUAAACGAUCUGCAGAACUCCCUCAGAGCAGAGCAGGCACGGUCAACUAAACAGCGAUCACACCUCAAAUCUGAACAGGAUGCAGUUACAGACCUGAAACAGGAGCUGUCUGACACCAAUCAGGAGCUGGAGCGGUCCUUGAAGGCUCAGCAAGAACUGCAGAAGGAGAUCAGAAAAUUGAGGGCUAACCUAGAGAGCCAGGAAGCUGACCUGUGCUCAGCUGUGGAGAGUCUGGAGAAGGAGCAGCAGAGAGUGAAAGAGAUCCAGGACAUCCUGGAUCAGGAGAGACUCAAGAACAUCCUGAGGAACGAUCAGGAAGGGCAGACACAUGAGUUAUUGCAGACAUCUCUGGAAGACCGAAAUAUCCAGAACAGCCAGCUGUGCAGUGCUCUGGAGCAGGAGCGGAUUGCCAACAGCAACCUGCGCAAGGAGCUGCAGAUCGAGCAGUCCCGCUGUGAGGCCCUCCUCUCCCAGGAGCGCAGCAAGCUCGGUGAGGUCCAGCUGCUCCUCGAGAUCGAGAAGGGGCGCACUACUGAACUGAGCGACGGCCUGGCCCGCGAGCAGCAGCGUCUAGCCCAGGAGUACAAGCAGAGGCUGGAGGAGGAGGCUCUCCGGAGGGAGGGGGUGGCCACUCAGGAGCACAACUUCAUCCAGCAGCUGCAGGCACAGCUGGACCAGGAGAGGGAGCGCACCGUGGAGCUGGCAGCCAUGAUGGAGAAGACCCAGCAGCAGGCCAUUCAGGCCAAGAGACAGCUGGAGGCAGGAGUUCAACAGAGCCGCGAGGAGGCGCAGAGAGAGCAUGACACUGCUGCCAAGCUCCGCACUGUUCUAGAGACCCUGCAGACCCAGAAACAAGAGCUGGAGCGCAGCCUGGAGACAGAGAGACAGCAGGGGACCCGGCUGCGGACUGAUAUCGAGCAGCUUCAGGGGAAGAUCCAGUCCGUAAAACAGAAGGAGAGGAGCAGGGAGGAGCAGAGGGAGGUGCAGAGGAGGCAAGAUCGCCAGGCACUUUCUGAGAAAGACCGCCGACACGAGAGGGACAGUGAGAAACUGCAUGAGAUGGAGCUGCAGCACCAAAGAGACCAGCUGAGGAUCAAACAGCUACAGCAGACCCUCGCAGAACUGGAGGAGCAGGAGCGAGACCUCUCCUCUCGUAAGCACCAACAGACUGGUGUCCUCGGCACGGGCCACAGCUGCUCCUUCCCCCAGUCUCCGGACAGGAAGAGCUUCUUCCUUCACCAGCAGCAUCUGCAGUUCACUCGGCAGCAGCUACAGCUGGCCACUCUCAGACUGAAGGACUUGGUACACAGUUCUAGUGCUAGGACUGUGGAUGGUCGCAGCUACACUGAAGAUGAGGAUAUGAAGUUAUUGUUGAAAACACUGACUGGGCUGGACAAUGAUUUACUGAAUCUGUGCUCAAGUACACAGAGGCCGGUACAAACCUCAUCAAUAAUUUCUGAGCGUUUGCUGAAGGAGAACGCAGACCUGACUACUUGUAUGGGAGCUUUGACCGAAGAAAAAAUUGACCUGAAACGCACGAUAGCCAAACUGGAAAAGGAACUGCUAAUCCACAAGCAAAGAGGGGCAGGCAGUGAACAGGUCAGAUCUCAUGAGAUGGUUGAUUCAGUUCAGGCCUCAGAAAGGGCCGUCUGGCAGAAGGAAAGAGCCUUCCUGCACAGUGCCCUCAAGAAGGCAGAGUCUGAGCUGUCAAGAGUGACAGCCGAAAUUGAAAACAGGCCCCUGGCUGCUGAUGUCUCCCACGCUAAGCAGAUUAACCGCCUUUAUGGGAGGUACAUGAGAGCAGAGAGCUUCAGGAAGGCUCUGGUGUACCAGAAGAAAUACUUGCUGCUCCUCUUGGGUGGAUUUCAGGAUUGUGAGCAAGCAACCCUGUCCCUCAUUGCCAGAAUGGGGGUGUACCCCUCCGCAGCAGACCUCCAGAACUCUGCACCGCGCUCCCUACCCAUCAACAAAUUCAGAUCUGCUGUCCGAGUUGUCAUCGCUAUAUCUAGGCUGAGAUUUUUGGUGAAGAAGUGGCAGAAAGCCACCAAAAAAGGACCGAUACAGGUUGUUGCUGUGAAUGGAAGCACACACAGUGAAGGUCCUGGCUUCAGGACAGAAGUCUUAAGGCAGCACCCUGGAGUUACCUUUAAUUCUCCUCCAACUCGAGAAACUGAAAUUCUCCACAGAAGUGCCAUUGCACACUUGCAUCAGCCCCCUAAAUCCCCUUACAGGCUCCACAACAGGUCUUACCACUCUCCUGGCCCGUCUCGAUCAUUCACCUCUCAGGACUCUCUGACUGACUAUAUUCACCAUUUAGAAGUGGUCCAGCAGCAGUUAGGAGGCCUUUCAUCAGGGCCCUCCCCAGGACCUCCUUACAGCAGAAUUUCUAAAAGAUGAAAGAACUUUAUUAUGAAGAAUCAGCACUGAAUCCAUCCUUUCCUUUGCAGUCUGUUACUUUUAAACGUAAUAGAUACAUGAUGAUUUAAUGGUAGCCAUGGGCAAAUUUAUUUUCUGUACACUAUAUGCAAUAAUCACAUUUUUGAAAAAUGUAAUUUGUAGUACUGAAGUUUUGCAGUUAUCCACGGGGGGUGGUCACUUUCACCUUUCAAACGUGUGUGUUGUGAAGGAGCAAAUUUUGAGCACGUUUUCCUUUUGUGUAAAUACUUUCACUGUUUUCAUGAGUGAUUUGCUGGUUGCUACACAUUUUUGUAUAUUUGUUUGUAUUGUCCUUUAAGCCAAAAUCCUUGAAGGGCCGAUGAGGUGUAAAAAAUGUUAAAUGUUGUUUUUAUGUCCAUGUUUCUAGAAAGCAAAUAAAUAUUUUUAAGAAAA